GUAAAAUUUGAAUUUGAAAAUCCAUAGCAACUAACUGAUAGUCAUUAAAACGAUCAUAACAUUUUACAUUCAAUCUGGAAUAAAUACCUCUGUAAAAAAGUAAGUAUAUUUACCAACCACAUGUAAUGGUUAUUUUAGGUAUUUUUGUAGUGCCAAAAUCUUACCCUCAAAAAUACCGGAAAGAAUGGGAGAAACUUAAAGAUCUGGAGGGAUGGUUAGAAAAUAGUUCUCGUGAUAAUACAAAAGCAAACUGCAAAUACUGCAAAGUUCUUCUUAACGCGAAGCUAGCUGAUUUAUAUAAACAUUCGAAAACUACUAAGCACAUACAAAGUGCAAAGCCCUUUUCGACAAAACGACAACAAGUUUUGCCAUUUGUACCGAUCAGUGUUGUAACUAACCGACAAAGAAAAGAAGCACAAUUGUGUCUCUAUGCUGCUGUUCACACAAGCAUAAAUAGUGUAGAUCAUUUAAGUGAUUUGCACAAGGAGUCCAGCGAAGGAAUUAGUGUUCAUCGAACCAAAUGUACUCAAAUUAUUAAAAAUAUUAUUGGCAAGCAUUUUCAACAAAUCCUAACACAAGAUAUUGGUACCAGUCCAUACAGUAUCAUUAUUGAUGAGUCUACUGAUAUUUCAGUACUAAAAAUAUUGGGUAUUGUUAUCAGAUAUCAAAGUGAUGACCUUAAGAAAACGGUAUCCACAUUUUUGGGACUUGUCAACAUUGAAAAUGGCACUGCGGCCUGUAUUGUUUCAGCAAUAAAGACAUUAUUGCAACAAGAUUAUGGUCUUGAUUUGAAAAAAUUACAAGGUAUAGGUACUGAUAAUGCAUCAACAAUGGUGGGAAUAAAUAAUGGUGUAUUUGCCAAACUUAAAGAAGAAGUACCCCAUUUAAUUCUAGUUAGAUGUGUAUGCCAUUCAUUACAAUUGGCACUAUCUAAGGCAACAGAACAUACAUUACCGAGAAAUACGGAAUUCAUAAUUAAAGAAACAUACAAUUGGUUUGCUUCUUCUUCAAUAAGGCAAUUAGCAUAUCAAAAUGUAUAUAAAACGCUUAAUGAUGGUAAUAUGCCAUUACAGUUCCUUAAAAUGUGUGAAACUAGAUGGAUUUCUAUAGAACCUGCUGUUAAAAGAAUAAAAGAUCAAUGGGAAACAUUGAGGGAUCAUUUUAACAUUGUUCGCUUAAGCGAUAACUGCUAUACUGCAGAGCUGUUACAUUCAAUGUACAAUGAUCCCAAUAAUUUAGUUUAUUUAACAUUUAUAUAUCCUAUUUUAAGCAUUGUUCAAAAAACAAAUAAGCAGUUUGAAUCAGCUACGGCAGAUCCAACAAAACUCUUAUCCGAUUUAAAAAAUUUCUAUGCCAGUAUAGUAACUAUGAUAGUUAAUCCUACAGCCAAAAUAGACAUUUAUGAUUUAAAUGUUAAUAUUGAUAAUUAUUUAGACCCUAAUCCAUAUCUAGGAUUUGUAUUUGAAAAUGCAUGUCAUAUUAAUGGUAUCGGGAUUGAAGACAAAGCUGUCUUAAAAGAUAGAUGUACAGCCUUUCUUAUAAAGCUAGCAAAAGAGAUGAGAAACAGACUUCCAGAUAACCUAAAAACACUUGAAAAAAUGAAUUUUUUGUCAGUAUUUAAUGUCUUAAAAUCAAAUAAAUUACCUAUUACUGAAUUGGCUUUAAAAUUUACAAACAAUGAUUUUAAUAUAAAUAAUAUUGAGAUGCAGUGGGCGAAUAUACAUACUAUAGAAUGGCAAGAAAAAAAUAACACUGAAAAAUUUUGGAUAGAAGUUUCUAUGUAUAGAGAUGCAUCUGGGGAAAACCCUUUCCUCGAUUUGGUUACACUAGCAUUUAAAAUUUUAUGUUUGCCACAUUCAAAUGCUGACGUUGAAAGGGUUUUUAGCCAAAUGAAUAUAGUUAAAGAUAAAUUGAGAAAUCGAAUGAAAUUGGAUCUCUUGAACAAUAUUCUCCACAUUAGAUUUGGACUUAGGCGUAUAGGGAAAUGCUGCAAGGAUUACAAUUUACCUGACGUAGUUUUGAGGCAUAUUGGCACAAUGGCAGCGUAUAGUGCUGAAGAUGAUAAAGAAAAUAUAGCUGAUAUAGAGAAUAUUCUUCUGUAAAAUCAUCAUUUAUUUUCUUGAGCGGGAUUUGCCAAAUAUUUAUUUUGUUACCAUGCAUGUCGUUUUGAUUAUUUAUUAGUUAUAGGUAGCUCAGGUACCGAUAAUUUAAGAGAUAUUGUUCUUUAUCCUGUGAUAUUACUCAAUUUAUUUGCAGCUAGCUUAUCUUUGAAGAAACAUAUUUUUAUAUUACAAAAUGUACCUACGUGGAUUUAAUUAGGAAGAAUUAAUUUAUUUAUUUAUUGAAUAGAAAUUAUUUUGUUUUUAG